AUGAAACCCCUGGCUUUGGCGGAUCUUAGUCUUUUUCUUGAUGAGCCCCCGGUCAUACGAGGGCCUUGCUUGCGUCAGAUUCACCCGGGUUCAGUCUCAUUCGAAGCUUUAGACAAAGAGGAGAAGAAAGACUGCCUUAGAAUAGCGAAUAGCUCGAAGCACAGGGAAGGCACAAAGAAUACCAGCUGGAAGGGGAAGCUUACUAAGCGCUCAAGAGGCAGGGCACAGGAAUAUCCCUGA